CUCUUUAAUUUUGAUUUUGUGGUUGCAAAAAGGGGAGAUUUUUUGGAACUCCAAUUCACCCCCCCUCUUGGAGUAGAUUGAGUCAACAAUUGGUAUCAGAGCAAGGGCUCCAAUUUGAAGGUUUAACCACGUAGGAGUUGAUCGAGGAUGGCUCAAUUUCAAUCUUCUCAACCACUUGAAGGUUUGUCUACCACUAAGCCUCCUUUCUUUGAUGGUACUAAUUAUAAUUAUUGGAAGAAUAGGAUGAAGGUCUUCAUGCUUGCAAAUGUGCCCAAGGCGUGGUUUGUGACUAUGAAAGGUCCAUAUGUGCCUAUGAAAGUAGUUGGGGAAAGUGAGGUGCCAAAGGAAAAAGUUGAAUGGAAUGAUGAAGACUUGGUGAAGAUCAUGAUCAACAACAAAGCAAUCAAUAUGCUCUCAAUCCAACAGAAUUCCAUAGAGUAUCCGGAUGUGAUACGGCCAAGGAGAUGUGGGACAUGUUGGAGAGAGUCUAAGGAUCUCGACACCCUCAAGCUUGAAGGUCUCAUUGAAAAAUUGAUGACAUAUGAGAUAGAAGUUCAAGUUGAUGGUGGAGUUGAAGUAGUUGAGAAGAAGAAGAAGAAUGUUGCUUUCAAGGUUAGCAACCAAAAGAAAGAGAGUGAAGAUGAUGCUAGUAAUGAUGAGUCUAGCAAUGAGGAGGACAUCACCAAAUUGAUUUCAAAGGAAAAGGGUGAAAGGAAAAACAAGAAGAGCAUGAAGAAGAAAGCUUUUACCGCCACUUGGAGCAAUGAUGAGACUAGCUCAACAGAAAGUGAAAGCUCCUUGGAAAAUGGUGUUGCAAAUCUUUGCUUCAUGGCUCAAAAGGAUAGCUACAAUGAUGAGGAGCUUCAGGAAGGGCUGGAAGUAAAAGGAAACAAGUGGGUAGUUCUAGCACCGGUGGUCAAGCUCAAGAAGAAGUUUUCACCAAGGGAUAUUUGUAUUGUAUUAGCUAUACCUGAAGGAGGAGAUGAUGAGUUUCAAGAUGUGAAUCAUGCCUUAGUUAGAGUAAGAAUUGCCCCUAAUUGCACUGAAAAUCAAAUUAAAGUGGGGUCCUUCUCACCAGAAAAUAGGGCACUACAAUGGAUUAUAUCUCGCAUUAUAGCUCAGAGAAAGAGGUCAAAAUCUUUUGUACUUGCUAGUGAUCUUCCUUGGUUCGACUAUUUUCUUAACGGAAAAAGGGUGAAUCUUGGAAGAUUCAUUUUCCGGAGCUUAAUCAAGAAUUAUUCCUUGGAUAUGGGUCUUUCGCAUUGUGCAUUGAUCACUAGGCUAGUAAAGAGGAAAAACAUUGAUCUUGAUCCUUUUAAGCAUGGGAGAAUUAAAGUUGGGACCAUUUUGACUAAAGCAUUUUUUGAAAAAAUGCAAGUUGUGUUUCAAAAUGGUAGUUGGAUGAAGAAAGGGGAUCAAGCAAUGGAACAGCAAGCUGAUGAAGAAGAAGGUGAUACAUAUCAAGAAAUGGCAGAACAAACGGAAGAAGAACAUGAAGAUGACAGCCUAAGGCCCUUUCGAGUCUCCAUGCAAAGGACAAAUCGCAAAACCAUGGAGUUAAUGAUAUCUGAGAUACAGCAACUACACACCGACUUUUAUGGUUUCCGGACAGAAAUGAGAGGAAGAAUGAAUAACGUGGAAGGGAAGCUUGAUCGGCUUGUUAACCAUUUUUUUCCUCCACCCCCACCUGAUGCCACCUAACUUGAUAUUUCUUUAGUUUGGCUAAUCUUUAGGAUGGACAUCUUAGGGUUAUGCAUUUUAUGUUUUAUUUGACUAUAGAUAUGUCUUGAACCUUUUAUCUUAUUUUAUGAAUGGAAAUGGCAUCACGUGUGUUAUCAUGCUUUGUGAAUGGUUGUUUAUGAUUUUGACGAUAAUAUGCUCUUAUUGAGGGGGAGUUUAUUAGUUGAUGACUGUAUUCAUGACUUUGGUUGUCUAUAUUGAUGAUUAUAUUCAUUACAUACUCUUGAUGCUUUAAAGGUUGAUAGCAUGAAUUAAGGGGGAGUUUAUUG